AAAAAGGAAAACAUUGACCUAUCAUUGAUUGUCAUCAUUGUGUUGCUAAUAAUAUACUGAAAUGUCUUAUCCUAUAACAGUGAAAAAGGGUGUACUGAGAGAAGACAUAGGUAACCUACGGGAGAAUAUAGAUAUUCUAGGAAAGAAUAAAGAAUGGGAAAAACUUCUAGAGUUUGUGGAUGGUGACAAAGAAUUAGCUAAUUCUACUAGGCUUGUGGAGGAAAAUGUACAGACCACGCUUAAUACACCACUUCAUCAUGCUGCACUUGGAUCCGCUCCCAAAGAUGUUUUCAAGAAAUUGCUUCAAACUGGAUCGGCUAAAUGUCUUAAGAAUUCUGCAGGGGAAACGGCUUAUGAUAUCGGUGUAAAGUUACAGCUCCCUCAAGAUAUACUGGAACUUAUUAAAGUCCCACAAGAAAUAAAACAGAAAGAAAACACUAUCAAGAAAUUUGAGGAGGGCUUACAUAAAGCUAUUAUGGAGAGAGUGGACAGUUUAAUAAAUGACAAUAAACAGGCUCUCCCACAAGUCGCAUAUUUGUUUGAGAAGGGUAGCUUCUACUACCCUGUUCCAGGGAUGUAUGGUGGAUUCAACGUUGAAAGAAAUGGAGAAAAUACCAUCCAAGCCUCUAGCUGGAUUAGAGUCUGUGGAGGGAGUGGACAAACUCAUGAAAUUGACAGUGAUGGAAAUGUGAAACUGACAGCAGAGGGAUUCUGUUAAGAUCUGAAUAUGCCAGAGGAUAUAACUCUCAUUUCUCAACACUUUGGCUCACCUGAGCUAGAGGCUCAAAUGAGCUCUUCUGAUCAAAAUUUGUAUGUGUGUCUGAAACAACCCGCUGUAAGCUUUUCUUAUUUUCAUUUUUUUAGAACUGCCUUUGAGACUAUUUCAACCAAACUUGCUGUAUCAAGUAUGUUCAAAGCUUUCUAAUGUAUUGUAAAUUCAAGUUUUCAUAUCCUACCCUUUGGGUUUUGAUGGGAACACGACAGGAAGCUCAACAUUUGAUAAAGGAAUUUUAACAAGGAAUUAUGAGGAUUGGUAGAUGGAGCAAGUAUACAUUAUGACAUGUGAAAUCAGUGCAUGUGUGCAGUCUUUAAUAUACCUGUAUAAGGCCCACUCAGUUUGUGUUAAAAGAGGUCUGUAGCAACUGCUAAUGAUAAAAGGCUGCUCAAUGAUAGAAAUGUCAUUAAGCGUUGCAGUUGCAACGUACGCUUAAUGCCAUAAAAUAUUGCAUUAAUUGUUGACACUUUCAACCACUAAUGCUAAAUUGCCGCUUAAUGAAAGAGUAAUAUAAUUAAGCGUAUGGGCAUGUCAACUAUUAAUGCAAUAAUAUAUGACAUUAAGCAUUGCAUUGCAAUGCUUAAUGAUAUUUUUAUCAUUAAGCCGCAUUUUAUCGUUAACGUUUGUUACCGAGGUCUCAUUGCUAAGGGCUGUGAACAAUUGUAUUGUUUCACCCCCUACUUCUUGUCAAAUUAUGAAAAGUUAUAAUUCAAUUAAAUUUUGAAUUUAAAUAGAUAUUCAUAUCAAUUUUCUUGAAAUUUGGAUUAUGAAAGAAAGAGAGAUAACUCUAUAUUUUUGGUAAAUACUCAAGGAUUUCACUUUAUAAGACCCCCCCCCCCCUCCCCCCUUUGAAACAAGAAAUAAUUUUUACAGGUAUUAUAAAUUAUUAUUCAUUUAGCAAAUUCAUACCUAAACUUCCUUGGUUUUGUGGAAGGGGGAAUGAGUUUACAGACCAAAAUUUGGUCAUUUUAUGGCCAAUUUCAAAUUAUGUAGAACUAUAAACUUUCACUAAAUAAAUCAAAUAUAGUAAAUUUAACAUAUUUACAUCUUUAAAUUUCAUUGUCCAAGAUAAAACCACAAAUAAUAAAAAUACUUGAUUUCUACAUAAAGCUACUGGUUCUUCGAUAGGCGUGGUUUAAAAAAAUUACAUGCAGGGCGGGAAAGAGAAAGAGAUGGAGAGAAGUAGGCUGAGCAUGUAAAUAUAAUGAAUAACUGUCAGAUUUUUUGGUUUUAUGAUGAUGAUAAAGCCUUCAGUGUUUAUGCAAAUUAUCAUGCAAACCAAUUGCUUGAUCACAUCAUAAAACCAAAAAUUAGACAGUUAUUCCUUAAUAAAGUUUAUGAAACUGAAAGAAUAAGAUUAAGAUGCCUAUGAUUUGCAUACAUGAGUACUUCAAAAUCCAGUUAUGUUUCAAAGCUUUAUUUCAAUAAUUUUACACCCUUUGUUUAAAAGAGUUUUAUUUAAAAGCAAUUUAUGAAUUAACAUUGGUAUUUUAAAUCUAGUUUGUUUUUAAACCCCAAAACUGCAGAUAUAGACUUAUUAAUCAAACAGUAAUGAAGUCUACAUUUCAUUGAAAAAAAUUAAAAGCAAAUAUGCCAAAUUAAAUAUCUUGAAUUAUGAUGUGUAAAAAGUAGGUGGGAAUCAGGGGGUUAGCAUUCAUACUUCUUCAUUUAAUAGGGAGAGGUUAAUAUGACACACAGGUGAGGGGUGUGGACCAUGGCCUCUAGAUCUUGAUUUUCACAUGCUGUUUACAGUUCCCUGUUAACUUAGGCCAAAAAAAAUAAUAGUCUUGUUUCCUGCUACCUGACCUACCCUAUUUUUUUGCACCGGACCCUAAAGUUUUUUUUAAGUUUUGGAAGAAAAAAAAAUCUGGAAUUUCCAGGAUUUCAUCGUUCUGUCACUUUCCGUGUUAACACAAAACAGCAUUUCAUGAAAUUCUGGUUUUAAAUAUGGACUUUCAUAAAAUACCACUUGAGUUGUGCACAAAAAGACAUGAAAUUUAAUUUUUAAAAAACAAUAUUGACCUGUGACAUGUUUAAUUUGAUCUUAUACUAGUUCAUAUCCAAAAAAUGCUGUCGGAAAAAAAUAAAAUAAAAAUAUAAAAUAAAAUAAUUUUCCUUCCUACCUACCCUAUUUUUUUCAGACAGGUAGCAGGAAACAAGACUAUUAUUUUUUUUUUUGGCCUUACUACACAUGUACCUUCUAUAGGCAUUUUUUUUCAUUGGAAUUGAAGUAAUUUAUUUUAUUUAGAUGUAUAUUCAUGUUAUUAACAUUUUAACAUGUUUAAAUCAUUAUUCUUAUGUGAUAUUAUUCAAAUGUAUAUUUUUAUCUCUCCAAGAACAAAACUGUCUAAUGAAUAAGUAAAUACAAAUUCAUUAUGUG